GGCCUGCGUCUGAGCCAGGGCCCGUGGAUGUGCCCGGAGCUGGCGUCGGCAUGAGCGCACACCUGCCCGGCGGCUUUGGCCUGUACUCUUCCCAGCCCAAUGGCUACGCCCCACCCCCCAGUUUGUCUCCCGUGGACAGAGAUCACAGCUCCAAGUCCAGCGCAAAGACCCUGUACGAACAAAGGAAGAAUUACGCGCGGGACAGCGUGAGCAGCGUGCCCGAUGUCUCUCAGUACCGAGUGGAGCACCUGACCACCUUCAUCCUGGACCGGAAGGAUGCCAUGCUCAACGUGGAGGACGGAAUCCGGAAGCUGAAGCUGCUGGAUGCCAAGGGCAAAGUGUGGACUCAGGACAUGAUUCUGCAGGUGGAUGACCGAGCCGUGAGCCUCAUCGACCUGGAGUCCCAGAAUGAACUGGAGAAUUUCCCUCUCAGCACCAUCCAGCACUGCCAGGCCGUGCAGAAGGCCUGCAGCUACGACUCCAUCCUGGCCCUGGUGUGCAAAGAAUCCACGCAGAACAAGCCCGACCUCCACCUCUUCCAGUGCGACGAGGUGAAGGCGAACCUGAUCAGUGAGGAUAUCGAGAGUGCCGUGAGCGACAGCCGAGGCGGGAAGCAGAAACGGAGGCCGGAGGCGCUGAGGAUGAUCGCCAAGGCGGAGCCCGGCAUCCCCCCGCCGCCCCGGGCGCCGGCCCCCGCGCCCCCGGGCACUGUCACCCAGGUGGACGUGAGGAGCCGGGUGGCGGCGUGGUCGGUGUGGGCCGCGGACCAGGGCGACGAGGGAGUUUUAACCCUUCGGGCAAAGCCUCCACCCCCGGAUGAGUUCGUGGACUGUUUCCAGAAGUUUAAGCACGGCUUUAAUCUUCUGGCCAAGCUGAAAUUGCACAUCCAGAACCCGAGCGCUGCGGACCUGGUCCAUUUCCUCUUCACGCCCUUAAACAUGGUCGUCCAGGCCACCGGAGGCCCCAAGCUGGCCAGUUCCGUGCUCAGCCCCCUGCUGACCAAGGACACCGUGGACUUCCUCAACCGCACCGUGACCCCUGAGGAGCGGGACCUGUGGCUGUCGCUGGGGGAGACGUGGCUCAAAGCCAGGGCGGAGUGGCCUCGGGAGCAGUUCAUCCCCCCCUACGUGCCCCGCUUCCGGCUGGGCUGGGAGCCGCCGGCGCUGGACAGCCUGGGGCCCCCCCAGGGGUCCCCGCCGCCCGCCGAGCCCCGCGGCCAGCUCGACCCCCGGAGACCGCCGGCCACAGAGCACCCCGGCCUCCUCGAGUACCCCCCGCCUGACGCGUAUGCCUUCUGCAGCAGCGUGUACCCCAGGGGGCCGCAGCCAGACCAGGGGGAGGCCGCCGGGCCCUUCAAGCCCACCCCGAACCGCCACGCAGACAGCCACAGAAGUUACGACCCGCACCCGCCCCAGCCCAAGAAGUACGCCCGCUCCAAGUUCGACUUCACGGCCAGGAACAGCAGCGAGCUGUCGGUGCUGAAGGAUGAGGUCCUGGAGGUGCUGGACGACCGCAGGCAGUGGUGGAGGGUGCGGGGCGCGCGCGGGGACGCGGGCUUCGUGCCCAACAACAUCCUGGACCUGCUGCCGCCCGCCGGCCCCGCCGCCCCGCACACGCACACCAUCCAGGUACGAGCCAAGCUCGCCUUGCGUUUUUGUGAGCUUGGGCCCGGCCAGGACACGCGUCCCUCCGCGUGUCCCACGCCGCAGGCCGCGCGCCGCAGGGGGGUCUUGGCGGCCGUGGGUCCCUCGCAGCUCGUCACGGCUGAACUUUCCACCCGGGUGCCCCGAGCCCUGACCCCUGUCCCCCUCUCCCGCCCCAGGACGGUGAGCAGCCUCGGGGUGCUGAACGGGGCGCAGCUCUUCUCCCUCAACAAAGACGAGCUGAGGGCCGUGUGUCCCGAGGGCGCGCGCGUCUUCAACCAGGUCACCGUGCAGAAGGCCGCCCUGGAGGCCCGAGCCCAGCGCCUGGCGCCGCCCCGAUCCCCGGUGCUCGGCCGGCGCCGCCUCCGCUUCGGCCUCUUGCGGGUUCAUCGAAGAUCCGCGGUCCAGGCUUCCGGCUCCGACUGUGUCCGAACCCUCGUCCUGCGGGUCUCGGCCUCCGAGGACCGCGGCCUUUCCCCAGCCUCACCAUGA